CGUAUUCCAUCCCCGACGGCGCUGUGACAGGGCGUAUCACCGCAUGUAUAGUGGCAUUAUAUUUGGCACCGUUCAGAAAAGGGGAAGAAUGGGACGGCUAAUGCAUAAGGCCAUUCAUGACAGGCAGUUCAUCCAAGGGCCAUUUGCUGUCACUGUGAUUUCUUUCUCUCUGGAUAUUUGGAUAGUGGUUGACCAGGCAUAAUUGCUUCUGCCAGGCCAGGGGCUCGCUCCCGCGGCGCUAGUUAGUUAAGGAAUGCCGAAUACAUUUGAUAUUUUGAUUGUCGGAUCAAAGUAAUAAUCAGACGAAUGGCAGAAGCAUCAUCGCAUCCAUUAUUGAUGGUUUAAAUCUGCAAAUAUAAUCCCAAAUAGACCAGAAUGAAGACUGUUUGCUAGCUGGCUAUCCCGUCGAUCGAUGCCACGGAUCCCCUACUCGCUUUUCCUGCGCGCGCAUCGCAUCGAUCCUCUGCUGCCGCCGCUGCUUCGAGAAUGCCGAGAUCUUUGCUCCGCACGGAACGAGCUUCGUUGGCUCACUGAGUAUGCACGGAGUAGGGAUACAGGUUGUGAAAGCUGGAGGUGGAGGCAGAGGUUGCAGUUGCUCGUCCGGCAGAGAGCAGCUGGGAAGCCUUUGCAGUAUAUCCUUGGGGACCAGCCGUUCGGAGACUUGACAAUACUCUGCAGAGAAGGAGUGCUGAUUCCACGGUUAGACGAACGCUCUCUGAUUUUAAUUCUGUUGAUAUUAUCCUAAGACGGCGCUGACACUGCUGAAUUCCUUUUAAUAGUCCAGAUACGGAGUCCUAUACCACGCGGAUAGCACAGCGACUGCUGGCUGAGAACCGUCUUAACCCUACGAGAAGCGUUCGAAUUAUCGACGUAUGCACCGGCACAGGCUGCAUACCACUGCUGCUUCACUCCCUUCUUGCGUCCUUGAUUCCGACCAUUUCGAUCAUUGGGGUCGAUAUCAGUGCUGCGGCUCUCUCUCUUGCAAAGAAGAACCUCGAAUAUAACAUUAGAAAUGGAGCCUUACUCUCCCGCGCGCGAGAUGAAAUCCACUUCGUGCAUGCUGAUAUCCUAGACCCUUGUUAUCUGGAACCGGAUGGCUCAGAGCUAGGCAAGAUGCUCUCCCGGUCAAACCAGGGUCUCAGCAGAGGAUUGGAUCUACUGAUAUCAAACCCUCCAUACAUAUCACCCAGGGAUUUCACAAAUGGAACGACAAGACGUAGUGUACGUUUGUACGAGCCUACAUUGGCAUUGGUACCUCCGGCAAUUCGGCAUCCGAAGGUAGCGUCAGACUCGGCCAGGGCUGAUUCCUUCUACCCUCAUCUAUUAGCCGCCUCAGCACAGCUUGAUGCCCGUUUCACCGUUUUAGAAUGCGGUGAUCCAGGUCAGGCCCGAAGAGUGGCUGCCAUGGCUGAUGAUACAAGGCAAAAUCUACCUUGGAGAUCUCAGAAAAACAUGAAGACGGAGAUCUGGCGUUGCGACUGGGACGCUUACUUACACGAAACUACUGAGGAUGUUUCUUUUGGCGAUCAAGAAGAAUCAGCAACUUUGGAUGUCACAGCCAAGCCUGAUCAAGGGGCUCGAGCGGUUGUGCUUUCGAGAUGCUGAUCAGGAGUUUUUUAUGUUGGAUUGGAAACAAUCUUGACGUAAAAGGAAAAACAGAGGGACGGGUUUUUCUAUGCUGAGGCAUUUGCGUGCAUUCUACUUUGAAGGGUCAUACAUAGUCCCGUCAACAAUCAAAUACG